ACAUAUAGCCACUUACUAUAGAGGUACGCUGCUUAAAACCCCGUCGGCCUUCCCUGACCAUUGUUAUCCGUCAACCACCGACGCACACAGUCAACGUAAGCGUCCUCUCCUGUCCUGUCUCGGUCGCUAACGGGCUUGGAGCGGUGCCAUAGUAGCAUGUGCUUGAUUCCCCAGGCCUGUUAGAUUGAUCAACAAGAGCACGCCCGACAAGACCUGAGCCAUGGACCUGAACAUUCAGCGCUUUCUCAAUGACAAGCUAUAUGACAAGCGCAAGAUCGGGGCACUCGACCUGGAGCGUACCAUUCGUGAGCUGAUUGCCGCCAAGGACUACGCCAAAAUCGAAGCCAUCCUCGACCAGCUUUGCAAUGACUACGCAUAUGCUGUUCAUCAGCCUCAUGCACGCAACGGUGGCUUGAUAGGCCUGGCUGCCGCCGCAAUAGCACUCGGCCCACAGGAGCUUCCCAAGUACCUCGAGGUUAUUGUUCCCCCCGUUCUAGCUUGCUUCACGGACCAGGAUGCUCGGGUAAGAUAUUAUGCCUGUGAGGCUAUGUACAACAUAGCCAAGGUGGCCAAGGGUGAAAUUCUGGUCUACUUCAAUUAUAUUUUCGAUGCCCUCUGCAAAUUGGGCGCCGACUCUGAACUCUCUGUCAAAAAUGGUGCCGAGCUUUUAGAUCGCCUAGUCAAAGAUAUCGUUUCCGAAUCGGCCGCGACCUAUGUUUCGGUGCUGGAGCAGCCUCAGGAGUUCGACGGAGACGAUAAGAACGUCAAUGACGAACAGUUGGACUUGCCCACUGCAUUUUCCUUGAAACGAUUCAUCCCCCUGCUGCGGGAGCGCAUCUUCGCCCUGAACCCCUUUAGCAGAACCUUCCUGGUUGGCUGGAUUACUCUGCUCGACUCAAUCCCUGACCUUGAGCUCGUCACCUACCUGCCAGAAUUCCUCGGUGGACUUUUGCGUUUUCUCAGUGACUCCAACCGAGACGUUCAUGUUGCUACCCAGGCUUGCCUGGACAAGUUCCUGGCUGAAAUCAAACGCAUCGCUCAAGUCAAGAAGGGGAUAACCGAGAGCAAGAGGUCUAAAGAUGCAGCAAGGCAAAGCAGAAAGGACUCCAUCGGUAGCGGCGGUGGCCGCUCCCUUGAGGAUGGGGACGAGGUCGACUCCAUAACGGCAAACGAGGAGGACGACGAUGUGAGCAGCGAAGAUGACUGGGUCCCCGGACAGGACGUGCAAAUCAACUACAAGGCCAUCCUGGAGAUACUAACCGCCACUCUCGAUUCGCCCCUAGGUAUGUCUACCUCUCACCCUCGGACCAAUCGCCAGAAGAAUCUGAUAGAUGUUCCAGAAGAGGACGGACUUCUAGAAUCGCUACGCUGGAUCGUCGAAUUCCUCGAUAUCUGCCCGGAAGAAGUAUUGCCAUUUACGCCCAAGAUACUGGCGCACUUACUGCCGGCUAUGGCUAGCGGUGUUGAGUCUAUUCGCCAAGCCGCCGCCAGAGUCAAUAACUCGCUGAUGGACUAUGUGGUUUCUCUUUCUGACGAAGCAGAUCUCGUAUCCGCCCCGCCGGCUCCUAGUGAGCAGCUGAACGGAAACGCGAGCAAUCGGGCGUCUUUGUCUAGUUCACGAGACCUCGACCUCCGCAGUCCGACACCAGCUCAGGGAAGGCAAAACGAACGCGCCCCUACCCCCGCAGUCGCAUCUCAGGCAACACCUCAGGCAAUACCUCAAGCUGACCUCGACUACGUUGCUGCCGUAAACUCGCUGACACUGUUGUUCCUGAACGAUCACGAGGCUACCCGUGUUGCUGCUUUGACAUGGUUGAUCAUGCUGCACCGAAAAGCACCCAGAAAAGUGUUGGCUUUCAACGACGGGACUUUCCCAGCCUUGCUCAAGACCCUGUCCGAUCCUGCGGAAGCAGUCGUUACCAAGGACUUGCAGCUUCUCUCGCAAAUUUCGAGAAACAGUGAAGACGAUUAUUUCUCCAACUUCAUGGUUAACCUACUGCAGUUAUUCUCGACCGACAGGAAGCUUCUAGAGACGAGAGGCAACCUAAUAAUCCGUCAACUUUGCACAAGCCUCAGCGCCGAGCGGAUCUACAGAACAUUGGCUGAUUGCAUUGAAAAGGAGGAGGACGUCGAGUUCGCGAGCAUAAUGGUGCAAAACCUUAACAACAACCUCAUCACUGCGCCUGAAUUAGCGGAGUUGCGAAAGCGGCUCAGGAACCUUGAAACUAAGGAUGGCCAAACAUUCUUUGUAGCGCUUUUCCGAUCAUGGUGUUACAAUGCAGUGGCAACUUUCUCGCUCUGCCUGCUGGCACAGGCCUACGAACAGGCUUAUAAUCUCUUACAGAUAUUUGCCGAGCUCGAGAUGACGGUCAAUAUGCUCAUCCAGAUCGACAAGCUGGUUCAACUACUGGAGUCGCCGGUUUUCACUUAUCUUCGUUUGCAACUACUCGAGCCGGAAAAGUACCCACACUUGUAUAAGUGUCUCUACGGGCUUCUGAUGCUUUUACCGCAAUCCUCGGCCUUUGCGGCCCUAAAAAAUCGCCUCAACAGCGUCAGCUCUAUCGGCUAUCUUCACAUUGCGCCUAGACCCACUGCUACUACGCCAAGUGCGUCCACCUUUGACCGCCCCAAUCGACUUAAGGGUCGAGACGACAGCAUCAUCCGCUGGAAUGAAUUGCUAGAGAAGUUCCGAUCAGUCCAGGAACGUGCCAGGCGCCUUCAACGAGGAGAUGAAGACGACGCGUCAUCAGCGUUGAGUGAUCUUAAGAUAGGAGGAGGCGAGACUGCAAUGGAUGCCAAGGGCACUGGGAGGGAAGGGACAGGAGGGCGAGCGCCUCCUGUUCCGGCCAAGGAUCUGCCCGCGGCGGCGCCUCCAGCAAAAACCCGAACGCUUGGAAGGCCUUUUGGGAGACUCGGAGGGGCAGUGGCAGGUCGAGGCAAGCGAGCCCAGCAGUGAAUGCCUUUGAAUUUGAUGUUCUGAUCUGUUGGUUUCACACGCUUCUUGGUCUUCGUGGCUUCGGCAUGCAUGCGUCCUUUCGUCGAGUUUGUCUCUGGCGCUCGGCCAUUUCAUUGCAUUUGAUAACAGCUGACAAGAGCAGACACCAUGCAUGCGUGUAAUGUAAUGGUACCCCCCGACGACGAUGCGGACAUGGAAACAACGAAUUGGAAAGAUUACGAAAGUGAGCCUGACGUGAUUACAGAAGAGAAGAUGGGCUCUGGUCAGUCUGAGAGGCAAGAACAAGAAAGGGGUAGUACGAAUGUUUGAGACAGGUUCACGGGCAUAUUGCAUUAUGGAGGGUGAAGAGCGUUGUCGAUACUCAAUAAAACUAAACGAAAAAGCCAA